UCCAAUCCCUUGUCCAUCAAACUUUCACCAUCCUACCUACACCAUCAGCAGCACACCAUGGCAUCCUAUACCUCCGUAGUCCUGGCUCAAAGGCCAAAAGAUAAGAUUGUUCCUGGCACCACCUUUGCGACCAAGCAGCAGCCCAUCCCUGAUGCAUCCACCCUUCAAGAUGGCCAAGUUCUUUUUCAAGCUCUCUAUCUCAGCUUAGACCCGGCCAUGCGUGGCUGGCUCAACGAUGUACGAUCCUACGUUCCACCCGUCCAGAUCGGCGAAACCAUGCGAGGCGUCGCAAUUGGCGUGGUCAAGGCCUCCAAAUCAUCAAAGUUUCCCGCCGGUUCCUACGCAAGCGCCUCAUCCGGGUGGGCCGAGUACGCCGUUCUCCCCGAAAAGAGCUUGGAAUCACUCGAGUUACCUCCGGGUGCCGUUCUGACGGAUGCGCUCGGUGUGCUGGGUAUGACAGGCUUGACUGCCUACUUCGGAAUCACCGAGGUGGCCAACGUGAAGAAGGGCGAUUUUGUUGUUGUUUCCGGUGCCGCAGGUGCUACUGGCAGUGUCGUUGGGCAAAUUGCUAAGCUCAUGGGAGCCAGAGUACUUGGAAUCGCGGGAGGCGACGACAAAGUAAAGUGGUUGAAAGAAGAGCUGGGCUUCGAUGCUGCGUUGAACUAUAAGAGCAAGAAUUUUGUCAAGGAGUUCCGUAGUGCAACGAAAGAUCUCAUCGAUGUCUACUUCGACAAUGUUGGUGGAGAAAUUUUAGAUCUUGCUCUGACAAGGGCGAAGCCUUUUGCGCGGUUUGUUAUGUGCGGUGCAAUCUCGCAAUAUAACAGCAACAAAUCGCAAAUCCAGGGCCUCAAGAACUACACCAUGAUCAUCUCCAUGCGAAUCCGGAUGCAAGGCUUCAUCGUCUUCGACUACCAAAAGCAAUACUCAAAAGCUAGACAAGAGCUCGCCCAAUGGCUAUCUGAGGGUAAACUCAAACGCAAAGAACACAUUGUACAGGGUGGCCUAGGCAAGGCAGAACAAGCUCUGGUUGACUUGUUUAAUGGAGCCAACACUGGCAAACUCCUCGUUGAGGUGGCGAAGCCCAAGGAUAACCAAUCCAAGCUGUAG